AUGCAAAGAUUCUCAGUCCCAACUAGCCAGUUCAAGAUGGGGUCGGAAGAUAUUCACGAGAGGGAAAAGGAGAUAGUGGCUUCAGUCCGACCGCCUCAUCAGCGUCGACUGAGUCCGUUCGUUAUCGCUGGUCGUGCUGAAGAGAAACAGCUGGGGAUAUCGACUCGUCGGUUGAACGUCAAUGACUUCGCACUGUUGAAGACACUGGGCACAGUGAAGUUGAACGACGAAAGGCAACGCAAGAACAGGGUCUACGCUCUGAAAAUACUCCGAAAGGCAGAUGUGAUCAAGCUGAAGCAAGUCGAGCAUGUCCGCAACGAACGGAAGACUCUCGCAGAUGUUUCCGGCCAUCCUUUCAUCACAACGUUGAUUGCCUCCUUCUCCGAUGACCAGAAUCUAUAUAUGUUGUUGGACUAUUGCCCUGGAGGCGAGAUAUUCAGCUACCUACGACGUGCACGACGCUUCAACGAGAAUACAUCCAAGUUCUACGCGGCCGAGAUAGCGUUAACCAUCGAGUUUCUCCAUGACGUGGAGGGAGUUGUUUAUCGAGACCUUAAGCCGGAGAAUAUCCUGCUUGAUGCCGAGGGUCAUAUCAAGCUAGUCGACUUUGGGUUCGCAAAACAGGUUGGCGACCAUGAGACCUAUACUCUGUGUGGGACUCCCGAGUAUCUCGCCCCGGAAGUGAUUCAUAACAGCGGUCACGGCCUUGCUGUAGACUGGUGGGCUCUAGGUAUCCUAAUAUACGAGUUCCUUGUGGGACAGCCGCCAUUCUGGGACCAAAACCCGAUGCGCAUAUACGAGCAGAUCGUCGAGGGUCACAUACGUUAUCCUCAGAACAUGUCGCCUGCAGCUCAGAACAUCAUAUCGUUGCUGUGCAAGACCAACCCGACUGAGCGGUUGGGCUACAUCUCCGGGGGCUCAGCCCGAGUCAAGACGCAUCCCUUUUUCGAAGACAUCAACUGGGAUGACCUAUUCUACCGCCGCAUCAAGGGACCCAUCAUCCCUCGAGUCGAUCAUCCUGCGGACACUGGAAACUUUGAAGAAUAUCCAGAUCCGGAUGUGAAGAACCAGAGUCUUUACACUGAUGAUUUGAGAGACAAGUACGAAGCACUUUUUGCUGAUUUUUGA